UAAAGCCUCGUACAUGCCUUGCCAAUUGUGCAAAUAGAAAUUUGCAAUUUUAUUAUUUUAAUUUUUGCUUGUGUCACACUUUAAAAGUGAGAUGAGAAAAAUAAAAUAUAAUUAUUUUAAGUACUAUAAUAUGUACGUCAUAUCAUGAACACGCAAGGAGAUUAUUUUUCCUGAUAAAUGUUUUAUUUUUUAUUUUUCUGGUCCAACUAUUGCAUUAUUAUUCCACUAGGUUUAGUUCAACUUGGGUUGGGUUAUAUUUACAACCAUUUUUCAUUUUGUGAGUUAUUAUAUUGUACACGUUAUGUAUUUUUAUUAUGACAAAACCGAUCGAGAUUAUAUCUAUGAAGAUAAUAAACAUACCUGUAAAAUAUUGAUUGUUUUAUUUCCUGCAAAUGCAUCAAGAGAAUUGAAAAAUACCGAAAUGUACCUAUGUAUUCAUAUACGAACUACCACCGUUCUUAUCGACGCCUGCACGAGCGCUGAAUUCUAUCUAAGUCAGACAGAGACAACACUAUCACUCGCUGACUCACCCCACACGGCGUAAAUCUCUUUCUAGAAAGUAAUCUGUGUUUCAUUACAUCAUACCACCAUAAAAACAAAUGAUAAGCCAUCGUGAAAUAUGGAAACACGACAAUAUUAGAAAACUAUGUAUUGCAAUGGAAAAUGAACACUGCGAAAUGCAAAUCAUUUAAAAACAUGGAAAAUGAUUGUAUGAAAUACAAUUCAUUAGUAACACUUGUAUAUGUUAAAUUAUACACAUUAUGCUAAAACGCACCGCUGUCAAGGUAACUGAAAUUAACAUAAUUAUUAUUAAAAUGUAACACAUAACAGCACACAAACUUUCUAAAAUAUUGCUCGUAAUCCAAAAAUGGAAUUGUCCUAAUCUAUUGAGUAGUAUAAAAAAUACGUCGGCUCAAUUUACAAGUACCCUAACAAUUCCGCAUCUCAACUUUGCAUUAU